AUGAAAUUAUUCAAUCAACUUAAAACUAUAAGAUUAUUCAUUUGUCAUAGAUUUCAUCGUUUAUUUAAUUCAAACAAUAAAUGUUUCACAUAUUUUAUAAUUAUCAUUUUGAUUACAAUUCUGUAUUUAUCAAUUUUAAUGAAACUCUUCAAUCUUGAAGUUACAAAUACAAUGACACUAACUACACCGCGAAUAUUUGUACAAAUUACAAAUUAUUCAUUAUCAUCGAAUUAUUCUACUAUAGAAGCUGUCAUUCAUCUGACAACAAAUUCAGUUCCUCUAAUAACCACCAAAAUGUAUUAUCCCCGACAUCGAUAUUAUCGUCAACAUCAUCAUUCACAUCAUAGUUAUAGAAAAAUGCGAUUCAGAAAAAUGAAAUCCUUGAAGACUAUCAAAUCGAAGCGGCGAAUAAAUUCGAGAGUAAAUCAAAAAACUAAACUAAAGAAAAGAGUUUCUUCACGAAACUUGUUCCCGUCCUUAUAUUUGAACAGUUCAUUUUGUUUAAAACAGUCUAAUUUUUAUAUUGGUAAUGCAAAACACGUCAAAUCAAAGAGAUUCCAACAAAUUAUGAAGUUAAAUACUGCAUUAACACCAUUAAAUAAAAGUCAAUGGUUGAAAAUAGCGCCAAAUAUUUGUCAAUCUGCUAAAACAAAUCUGUUAAUCAUUACAUUUUCUCCAGUUGAAGAUAGUUCAACUCGGGAUAAAAUUCGUCAAACAUGGGGUUCAGUCAAAUAUAUUUUGAGUGAAACCACUACCAGUGGACAAUAUUACAAUGGGUUGAACAUUAUUGAACAUUUAUUUGUUGUCAAUAUUAGUAAAUGGCACUUUAAACAAAAUUCAAAAACAGUUCAAAAUCUUUUAAAAGAAGCACAAAAUGAAAAAGAUGUUUUACCUCUAUUUUUAACUGGUUUACAGAGUAACUAUGCCUCGUUACAUAUUUUGACCAGUGAAUUCUUACUGCAUCAUUGUAAAAAUUCCGUAGAUUUUGUUUUAUUCAUUAAUGAAGAUUUAUUUCCAAAUAUAAAUGCUUUAAUUCAAUAUACAAAUUCGAAAUUAUCACAUUACUCAUCGAGUUCAUUAAAACAAAAUAAUAAUAGUCCAACCAUGUAUUGUAUACCAAUUAUACAAAAACGUGUUGACGUUAAAAAUCGAUUAAAAGACUAUUUUAAAAAUCACUUACCAUCAUGGCAUGGAAAUAUUUAUCCAACGCAUUGUGAUAUUCAAACUAGCGGUUUUCUUCUAUUAUUUGAAACAAUGAAACAAUGGUUUACAUGUUCUCGUUUAUAUAUACCAUUCAAUCCUAUUCAAGUUUAUUUAACUGGCCUUGUAAGAGAGAAAGCUAAUAUAUACAUUGAAAGUUAUUGGACACAUUACUGGUCAGUCGGUAAUCUUCUACCAAGUGUAUCUUUAAAUCAAAAGAGUAAAAAAUAUUUAUUUUUUCAAAAAUCCAUUAAUCAAAAUAGUCGAGUGUGGAAAAGUGUAUUUCGUGCAAUAUUAAGCCAAUAACUUCAUUCUAUACUAUGAUGUAUUUACUGUGUGUUAAUUUUUCUGUUGCAAAAGAGCAUUUUUAUUUGCAUUUCUUUACGAAUUCAUUGUUUUUAUAUCAUCAAGAGAG